AAAAUAAAAACAAAAACAUGUUUCCCUCACGUUGCACCCAAAAAAAAUUAAAAAAUUAAAAUGGAACGUAGAAAAACGCUUACCAUGAACUGGGAGGGUCUGGGCGACAAUGACGACGAUGAUCAAUUCUUCGAGUCCUACAACCGCCUCUCCUUCUCCUCUGCCGUUUCCAUCAACCUCACCGCCACAUGCUGCAGCUCCUCCUCCGACGAGGAAGAUGACGAUUUCGAAAGCAGCCGUAUGUCAUUCGCCUCCGCCGUCUCCUCCCUCCGCUCCACCAAACUCAGCCAUUUUGACUCCCUUUCCUCCACCACCACCUCCUCCUCCUUCAUAAAUUCGCCGCCCAAUUAUGAUGUCUGGAUGUCAACACCAGGUUCCAUCAAUGAACGUCGGAAACGCCUCCUCCAAGGCAUGGGCUUAGCCGCCACCGCCACCACCACCCCCAACAACAACAACAGCAACAGCAAAACCCUCAGCUUUAAUCACGUGGUUUCCAAUAAAAAAGUCGACACAAACGAUCACGAUCAUGUUUCUUCUCCGGAAAAAGAACCACCCAAACCACAACAACAACAACAUAAACAAGAAGAAGAAGAACAAGAACAAGAAGAAGACAAUGUUGUUUCUACGACGCUUCCACAUUCGCCUUCUCAAUGUCCAAUCGUCCUCGUACGCUCGCGCUCAGAGGGAGACAUUCAAAGCGAUUCGUUUUCGCUAUCCACGCGUAGGAAAGAGGAGCUCAUUGGUACAAUAUCGAGGCAACGUCUCACGAGAACCUACUCCAUGAUAUUAGCCCAACAUGCUCGGAUAUGUGCCUAUACGGAUUCAAUCUCUCCUAACGAAGCUCGAUCCAGACUGGGACGGAAGCGAUCGAUACGACACAGCAGCGCGUUGUCGUCGGUAUUGUCUUCGAAGGGAAGGUUGGGGGCUUUCUUUCUGAUCAAGAGUUUGGAUACAGGGAAGGAGUUUGUAGUGAGUGAAUAUGGUGAAGAUGGGAUGUGGAAUAGGUUGAGUGAUCUUCAAACUGGGAAGAAGAUGACAAUGGAAGAGUUCGAGAAAUGUGUUGGGUAUUCGCCGGUUGUUAAGGAGCUAAUGCGUCGAGAAAACGUGUCCAGGAGGAACGAGAUCAUCGAUAGGAAAGUGAGUGCAAAUUCUUAUUUUUCCAGGAGUUUGAGGAUGAGCAAGAAAGGAGGUGCCGCUUUGUUGAAGAAUGUGAAAGGUUUGGCCAAUUCGAUGAGUGGGCUAAUGGGUGAAAAGGAGAGAGAGCUUUCGCAGGUUUCUUCUUCACCGGUUGUAGAGCAGAAACCGAUCAAGAAUUCAUCGUCGUCGGAAUGGACAAAAGUCCGGCAGAGCGGGAAGUCGUUUAAGGAGUUAUCUGCUUUGCAUUUGUGUCAAGAAAUUCAGGGUCAUGAAGGGUCGAUUUGGUGCAUUAAGUUCAGUCAAGAUGGGCGGUUUCUUGCAAGUGCAGGGGAAGACAGAGUAAUUCAUGUGUGGGAAGUGCAGGAAUGUGAGGUCAUGUCAUUGAGGUCAGGGGAGGAAGGGAGUAUGAGUCCUAAUAUAUCACCUCUCCAACUGUCGUUGUGUGCUUCCAGUUCUCUGGAUAGACCUGGGAUUGGAGAGGUCACGCCAUUACCAUCAGAGAAGAAGAGACGAGGAAAGUCUAGUACAAGAAAAGGGAACUCAGCUCCAGACUAUGUUUAUGUUCCGGAAACUGUGUUCUCGUUCUUGGAAAAACCUGUCUGCUCCUUCCAAGGUCAUCUGGAUGAUGUUUUGGACCUGUCCUGGUCCAAAUCUCAGCUGUUGCUUUCAUCUUCAAUGGACAAAACUGUCAGGUUAUGGGACAUGGAAAGCAAGAGCUGUCUAAAGGUGUUUGCCCACAACGAUUAUGGUGAGAUGUCUAACCAUGUUUCCAAUACUAUCUUGACUUCAUUUUGGUCAAACAUUGUAACUUGCAUACAGUUCAAUCCUAUUGACGACAACCAUUUCAUCAGUGGCUCACUUGAUGCAAAGGUUCGAAUAUGGAACAUACCUGAACGGCACGUUGUGGACUGGAUUGACUUUCAUGAAAUGGUUACUGCAGCAUCUUACACCCCUGACGGCCAGGGUGCCAUCAUUGGUUCACACAAAGGAAUUAUUCGCAUGUACAGCACAGAAGAUUGUAAAUUAGAUCAAAUAUGCCAGAUUGAUAUUCAAACAAAGAAGAAAUCUCAAGCUAAAAAGAUUACUGGGUUCCAGUUUGCCCCAGGAAAUCCAUCUCAAGUGCUUGUUACUUCAGCUGAUUCCCGGAUUAGAAUUUUGGAUGGUCCCGAUGUCACUCAAAAAUUCAAAGCAGGUUUUCGAAAUACAAGCAGCCAAAUUUCAGCUUCUUUUAGUCAAGAUGGGAAAUAUAUCGUUACUGCAAGUGAAGAUUCUCAAGUUUAUGUUUGGAAGCAUGAAGAGCCCAGAAAUGCUGGGACAGGAAAACCCAAAAAUGUAGUCACCCAAUCACACGAGCACUUUCAGUGUAAGGAUGUUUCAGUAGCAAUCCCAUGGCCAGGUACCAUAAAGGGUGAACCACCAACCAUGUCAGUGCAAUCUAAAAGACAAUCCAAACGCCUUACUUCACAACUACCUUCUUCUGGAGGGUCACCGACCAAAGAAGACAACUCUGCAAGCAGUAAAAGACACUUGCCAUCUCUUCCAACACCUUCUGCUGGAGGAUCGCCAACCAAAGAAGAAAACUUUGUAAACAGUAAAAGACACUUGCCACCUCUUCCCAAGAAAAGCACUAAUGUUUCAGAGAGUGUUUCAAGUCCACCAGAAGAAGAGCUUGCUUAUGUUUCACGUACAGAUUCUGGGAUUGGCGAGUCAUUCACUUCACUUUCUGCCUUGUUUAGAUACGGUGAUUCACCUUCUAUUUCUGCUGCCAAUCCAUCGUCUUCAUCUUGGUCUUGGUUUGAUGCUGGUAAUAACCAUGUGACCCAUACCACCCAAGCAACAGCAUGGGGCUUAGUAAUUGUGACAGCAGGAUUGGGAGGUGAGAUCAGGGCUUACCAAAAUUUUGGGUUACCGCGUAGGAUUGGCCGCCAAACAAACAUUUUUGGAGGCCCUACAUGAGUGGAUUUCUAUUGGCAAAGAUAGAAGCAUUCCUUUUUUAUGGCAAAACUUCUGCGUUGCAACAUGAGAAUAUAAUUCUUGCAUGUGGGAGUUGCUCCAUUCCAGUGAAAUCAAACUGCAGGACUGGUAUUUAAUAUUCUAUAUGCCAAAAGCUCCUCACAAUAGUUUUUGUAAAUUAUAGCUGAUCCACUCCCACAUAAUUGAUGCCUAUAUGUGUUUACUCCAAAUCAUAGGUGUUUUGAUUUUCUACAUAUCAUUGGAAGCCAUGAUCAGAUGUAAUUGUAUGUCAUGUAACAUAUGGCAAUGAAUGAUAGUUCCUGAGUUCAAAUCCUAUAUAAAUGCGUGUUAGUGUUCCAUCUUGAUGAAUAUUACAUACCUCACAAAAUAGGCUCUAUUUUUGGUCUCCUUGAUCGGUACUGUCAGAGGGUUGUAUGCAAAGGAGAUUCUGUGCCAGCAUCUGGCUAGUAAUUACACAUCAGAUCAUGUCCGCAUUAAAUAUUACACUAGGUUAGAUCAUUUUCUUAUGGUUUUGUACUUUUGUUCACUUGCAUAAUUCUUUUGUUAGUUAUUUUCUUAUUGCUUUUGGUCUACUUGCAAAAUCAUUGCAAACAACAAAGUAAUUCUAGUAAUUUCUACAACUGAGUUUGUGCUGGAAAGAAAAAACAAUAAAAGGUCAUUGAUUCUAUUUGUGGCUAAGAAAAAUCACUGGGUGCAACAAAAGAGUAAGGGUGGGUUCAAGUUGAUGACAAUCGUAGAGCUCCAUUGUUGUACUUUGCAAGAGCAACAGAAGAGAGAACUUUGUUGGCCAUUAUUCAUUUACUAGUUAUUCAUAUGAUACACCUAAAACAAAGGUGUUGUGUUAUUUGUAUAUGAUUGUCGUUGAAAAGGAUGGUCCUUGUUUGGUAACUACAGUGUGUUUUCCAUAAACUGUUUGACAUUUAAUCAUUUCUUCCAAAAGAUAAUCCAAUGUUUGUUUUUGGAUUUUUUUUUUUUCAUGCCAUAUUUCUGUAGAAGUUUUCCUGUUUGAAGUGUAAACGAUUUGUCAUAAUGGUUAAAAAAUAGAACUACAUUCAUUUAGGUAUCUGGUCAUCUUUUUUGGAUUUUUUUUCAUGCCAUAUUUCUGUAGAAGUUUUCCUGUUGGAAGUGUAUACGAUUUGUCAUAAAGGAUAAAAAAAACGACAUUCAUCUAGGUAUCUGCUCAUCUUUUUAAAUCCAAAGCAGUUGAACCAUUGUUCUGAUAGUGAAACAACAUUCAAAGUUUGCCAUUUAACCUUGACUAAAAAUGAAAUCGGAGGUUGUUUGUCAGUUGGAAGAUGACAGCAUUUCCUUCAUUCCUACAAUCCAUGUGACAGGUGAGCAUUUUUAUUGCAAGAUAUUUCUUGAAGCUUUUGACCAAGUUGGAGAGAGAGAGAAAGAGAACCAUGAGAGUUGGUCCUAAAGUUUUAUUUAGUGGUUCUCAUCUAUUUUUCAUCUAUGGUAACUCUGGGUUAUGGUAUCCACUAUGAUCAACAUCCUUUAUUUUAAGUUUUUAUUAGUAGAAGAAGAUAGAUUUUAUAUUCAUUUGAUUUGUAUUACAUCAGAAGAGAUAUGGUUUUCCAGAAAAAUUGGUACAUCUUCUAUGAAAGCACAAGCAUCUUCCAUAUGUUGGGCAUGCCUUGCCAAUCUAUGUGCUUCUAUCUUCCCUCUCCUUCCUACAUGGAGAUAACUUCCAUCUUCUAAAACCUCUUAAACCACUCCUUGCUUUAUCGAUGAUAUCCCCCACUUUGGACAGAUUGGUUCUUUUAAUAUUAGAUCAA